AUGGGCUCAGCUCUCAGGCUCUGGCUCUUCCUCUUAGGGCCUGUUGUCCCCCUGGAAGUGAUUGAGUCUCCUCCAGUUCUCUCCCUCCUGAGAGGACAGACCGCUCGGAUUAACUGCAGCCUGAUACCGGGAGAGGAGCGGGCGGAGCUGGUGAAAUAUUAUUGGUGUCGGGCAAGAGACAAUCCUGACUUCAGCGGCAAAGGAUCCACGAAAUUCCUGGAAAACAGCCCUCGUGUGUCAGUGUCAGUGUCAGAGAGUUUCCUCAUUAUCCGGGAGCUGAUGGUGAAUGAUUCUGACACUUACCGCUGUGUGGUUCUCAGAGAGAAACCUCGGCCCUGGAAAUACUUCCAGGGAAAUGGAACAACAUUGAACAUCCAAGCGAAACCUGAAAUCUAUCUGACAGCGGAUCCCCAGGAUGAAGGUGUUGGGAUUCAGACACUGACUUGUUUGGCUGCGGGAUUUUUCCCGAGGGAUCUGACCAUUUCCUGGAUUGUUGAGGGGGAUGUCUCCUACCAGGAGGAGCCGGGCUCGCUGACAGUAAACACGGACAGCAGUUACAACCUGAGCUCCCGGCUGCGGAUUGCAAAGCCCCAGCGGGAGCAGGGAGCCGCCGUCUCCUGUCACAUUCAGCACAGCACCUUCACUGGGUCAGUGAGGACAAGGCUCAGAGCCAGUCCAGAAUUAGCUCUUGUUCUAUUCUUGGGAAAGGAUUAACGUUUUGGUAGCCGGUUUACCGCAGUACGCUACAUCAUCAUCCUUGUGGGAUUGAGUUUGUUAGUGAUGGUAAUGAUUUAUGUUCAGAUUUUCUGUU